AGAACCUUUAAUGUAGAACUUUGGAAUGAUAACAUUCUAAAAGUAUUUAGGUUACCAAAAGACUGGGGUAAAAUAAAUAAACCACAGCAUGUUCUGAGUUCGAUAAGUCAGGUCUGAGACAGUUGCUGUGGGCGCACUGUUGACAGUCAUGGAAGUGCGGUGCAGCGGGUCUGUUCAAAUCUCCAAAGAAAACCAGUACCCUCUCGAAUGAUCACAAUGGCGUCUGUUAUGGAGGAUCCCACCCUGGACAGACACUUUAAGGGUCACAAAGAUGUUGUCACCUGUGCAGACUUUAAUCCAAACCGCAAACAGCUAGCCUCAGGGUCAGUGGAUAAGACCCUAAUGAUCUGGAACUUGGCUCCUAAAGCGAGGGCCUUUCGCUUUGUCGGCCACCAAGAUGCCAUCACAGGAGUGCAGUUUUCCCCAUCCGGCUCGCUGGUGGCUACUUCUUCCAAAGACAGAACUGUACGACUGUGGACACCUUCCAUGAAAGGAGAGUCAACAGUAUUUAAAGCCCACACAGCUGCUGUCCGCAGUGUGGCUUUCUCCCAUGAUGGCCACAGACUGGUGACAGCUUCUGAUGACAAGUCAGUAAAAGUGUGGAGCGUUCACCGGCAGAGCUUUGUUUACUCUCUCAACCAGCACACUAACUGGGUGCGCUGUGCCAGAUUUUCUCCAGAUGGAAGGCUCAUCGCCUCCUGUGGGGAUGACCGGUGUGUCCGCCUUUGGGACACGUCCACCAAACACUGCAUCAAUUGUCUCACUGACUAUGGAGGCUCUGCGACAUUUGUUGAUUUUAACUCCAGCGGCACCUGUAUUGCAUCCUCAGGAGCCGAUAGUUCGCUGAAAAUCUGGGAUCUACGAACCAACAAGCUGAUUCAGCAUUAUCAAGUCCAUCGUGCAGGAAUCAAUAGUUUUUCCUUCCAUCCCUCCAACAACUACUUGAUCAGUGGCUCCAGUGACGGCACCGUAAAAAUCCUAGAUCUGCUGGAAGGGCGUCUUAUUUAUACUCUCCACGGACACAAGGGAGCUGUGAUCACAGUGACUUUUUCAAGAACUGGAGAUCUAUUUGCUUCAGGGGGAGCUGAUAGUCAGGUGCUUAUGUGGAAGACAAACUUUGACAGCAAAUCUUAUCUGGACGUUCUACAACACCACAGCCGGAGAUCUAGCCCGGAUCCGCCGCCCCACCUGUCCGACAUCCACCCCAGGACACCCCACCUUCACCAACCACAGUCCACAGCCAUUCAGAUAAGUCCAGCUGUGACAGACACCCGGUCCGCCGACCCACAUGUCGUAGAGUUGGGUCAAACUGUUCACAACAACAAGCUCUUAAACAGUUGGACACGCUUGACGCCCACACAGGCCACAGCCAGCAAUCAUCACUCCAACGACUUCCUGGCGCAUCCUGACGCCACUUUGAGAGUGGAGGGAUGGACAGGAGGUGAAAUUGCUAGUUGGGCAGGUUCAGCUACUGGAAACCAAACUGGGGUCCACAGUGCAGGAAAAGGAAGGAGAGAGGAAGAGGAGGAGGAGACGGUGCAGACCCACCCACUGGAAGUUCUCUCUGGUCAUCCGUCGAGUCUGGACUCUACACUGCAGCACAUCGUUCAACAGCUGGAUAUUCUCACGCAGACUGUUUCUGUGCUGGAGGAGCGUCUCACCCUGACGGAGGACAAGAUGAAGGAGUGUCUCCUGCACCAAUCUCAGAUUCUCAAGGACGUGCGAGCAUCAGGAGAGAGGCGUGAGGCAGAGAGCGACAGCACGGAUUGAUCACCUGAGGAUGACCUCAUCCUCAAAUGUUUCAAAUUGCUUUAAUACAACUAUUGUGUGUGUGUACACAUAUUGGUAUGUGUGUGUGAUUUUUUUUUUUUUUUAAAGUGAGCACCAUAGUGGUCCUUCUCAGAGGGGUCAAUGAGUUAAUCAGGAUUUGGGUGGCAGGCAAAGUGAGUUAUUGUGUGCUUGUGUGUGUGUAUGGACAGCAUGUUUUCUGUACCCUUUUCCUCACCUCUGGACACCCAGCUGCACAACCAAGCAGACAUUCCAGUUAUAUCUCUCUUUGUGUGUGUGUGUGUGUGUGUGUGUGUGUGUGUGUGUGUGUGUGUGUGUGUG